AUGUUGGGCUUACUCGUACAAGCUGCCCUUGUAGGGCUUGUCUUGGGGUCUCGCGCCCAUUUGCACCAUGUCCACCUCCAUCAACGUCAAACAAACUCUUCCAUACAUCAUGGAUAUACGGACCUUUCUGUACCGCCCGAGGGGGCUGGUCCCAGCGGACAGCUGAAUCAGACGUUCCUUCGAACCACGUCAAAGAUGAUGCUCUCCGACUUGAAGGUCUCAACACCAAAGAAGAGUAAGGGGGUCUUCGCGCAUUUCAUGGUUGAAAAUGCCCGUGAUUGGAUCGAACUAGAAUGGGCGUACCAUAUAAUGGCGGCCAAAGAGGCACAUCUGGAUGCUUUUGCUCUGAACUUUGCCGCGUCUCUCAAAGAUCUAAAACCACUAAAGUCAGCCUUUGCAGUGGCAGAAGCAAAUGGAUUCCAACUCUUUCUCUCUUUUGAUUAUGUGGGUGCUGGCCCUUUUGACAAAGCCACUGUGAUCACGAUCAUUAACGAGUUCAAAUCGUCGUCUGCGUAUUAUACCUACAAAGGAAAGCCGUUUGUGUCGACCUUCGAGGGUCCUGGGAACGCAGCGGACUGGAAAGACAUCAAAGCAGAGACUGGAUGCUUCUUCAUUCCCUCAUGGUCCUCCCUUGGGGCUAAGGAGGCUCUGAAGCUGGGCACCCCAGAUGGGCUCUUCAGUUGGGCAGCCUGGCCGUGGGACAAUCAAGACAUGGAUACGUACGUUGAUGCAUCCUACCUCGACUAUCUGGGACAGGCUGGAGGCAAGGAGUAUAUGAUGCCAGUCUCCCCAUGGUUCUACACGAACCUUCCCGGAUAUGAAAAGAAUUGUUUAUGGCGAGGCGACGACCUCUGGCGAGACCGCUGGGAAGAGGUUAUGGUGGUGCAACCCGAUUUCGUCCAGAUCAUCAGCUGGAACGAUUAUGGGGAAUCGCAUUACAUCGGGCCCCUGUACAACAUUGAUAAAUAUGAGGCGUUUAGUGUGGGCGAGGCGCCUGUCAACUAUGCACACGGCAUGCCACACGAUGGCUGGCGUCUCUUCUUGCCCUACUACAUCGACAUCUAUAAGAAUGGGAAGGCAUCUAUCACGAAAGAAGGAGUGGUGGGCUGGUACCGCCCGAAUCCUUCUUCAGAAUGCAACGAUGGUGGUACCGCAGCCAUCACGGCCAGUCAAUUGCAAUAUGAGUUUCGGCCUGCAGAGGUUGUCCAGGAUAAGAUCUUCUAUUCAGCACUGCUGACCUCCAUGGCCACUGUUACCGUCACUGUCGGGGGCGUGUCUAUUCCUGCUACCUGGCAGGAUAUCCCGGACGGAGGCGUGGGUGUGUACCACGGCAGCGUUGGGUAUGGUACUUUCUAUGGCGAUGUGAAGAUCUCCAUUUCGCGCGCAGGAAGUACUAUUGCCAAAUUCAGCAGUGCUGCCAUUACCACGAGCUGCACAGACGGCUACGCCAACUGGAAUGCCGUUGUUGGCAGUGCAGAGGGCCCCAGCAUCUCCGCUGUUUCCCCCAAGCUUGCUAUCGACGAGCAGGCCUGCAUUGAGGGCACAGCACCAGGCAACUUCCAGGGGCUGUGCAAGUUCACCUGUCAGUAUGGCUACUGCCCCAUUGGAGCCUGUGUGUGUACCAAAAUGGGUGCGCCCAGAGUCAAACCCAAGGCCACAGGCAUGAAAGGAUAUCCAAUUGCAGGUGAAGGAUCCAGUUACAUCGGUCUCUGCAGCUUCGCUUGUAACUACGGAUACUGUCCACCUGAAGCCUGUGGCCCGGUGGAGGUGCCCCUCACGGAGCCCACGGUCUCGCCUUUCCUGCCGUCCGCAUGCACGGCAGGCACCGGCCAGGGCGACCUGGCGGGGCUUUGCUCAUACGCGUGCACCUGCACCGGCACUGGCGCUCUCCAUCAGCCCCCUGCGGCCAAUAGCACCUUCACCGCAUUCUACCAAGGCGACGGCGACGACGCCGGCUUGUGCAAAUUUGCCUGUCAGCACGGCUAUUGCCCCGAUGCCUGCGCCAGUACAGAAGGUGAAGUUCCGUCCUGCGACGAGGAUGACGACGACAGCCCCGAUUGCGCGUUAGAAGACACCCCGGACCUCUGCGAUCUCAGUCUUCACUUCUCUUCGUGGGAAGCUCUCCAGGCAGCCACAGACAUCCCCGAGCUCUGCAUGCCCAUGUACGCCAUGCAGGUUCUGAUGGACACACUCAACACCGCCCUGCGGAACUACACGGACGUCAACAACGGCUAUGACGAAAAAUUCGGCUACUACGUCAAAUAUCUCCGCGGCAUGGUGCCAGAGGUCAUCAAUAAGGUUAUCGCAGAUAACGGUAAAUACGUCCAAUACUCUCAGGCGAUCAAUGGGGGGUGGUCUAAACCCAGAUCAUGCUUUAUCCCGCUUGUCAGCGAUUCAUGGACCGUCAAGUAUACCUUCGUAAACCAAAAUAUGCCCCACGCCAAGGCCGACUUCACUAUCUCCAACCCCAAAGACUCAAUUGCAAAUGCGUUGCCCCGGUUCCAAGCUCUCCAGCGCGACGUUGUGUCGACAUGGGCCGAUCUCUCCUUCUUCCUCUGGGACGGAGACGAAGCCGACGCGGUGGAGGCCCUUUCCACUCCGGUCUUUAUGCUCCUCCAGGCCGUCGAAAGCAUGGCAACGGUGAAGGAAGUCGGCGAGCAGGAAAAGGAAAAGGAGGAAAAAGAGAAAAGAAACCUCAUCAUCACGAUCAUCUCGGCGGUCCUGCUCAUUCUCCCUUUUGCUGGCGAGAUUGUUGGGCCCGUCACAGGGAUCGCUUGGAUCACCGAUGCGGCCCUGUUGGCAGAUGUAACUGCCAGUUUGGCUAUGGUGGGCUACGACCUCAUCGCGGACCCAAAGUCCGCGCCGAUGGAUCUAUUGAAUAUCUUGUUUGCAGGGACAGGGCGCACGGCGGGGAAUCUCUCCAAAGCGGCCAGUGUUCGGCGGGCGAUCAAGGCGGAAGAUCUGGCCAAGUUUGGGAAGGUUUUUAAAGAGAAUGAUGAUCUGCUCCAGGGGUUGAUCAGAUCCUGUAAGGCAUAG